GAAGCUCUCAGUCAGUUGCAGUCUUUAAGGAUCUAACUUCCUGAGUUCUUGAGCACAACUUUUGAAAGUUGUAUCUUUGCUUUCAAUUGUUUUUGAAGUCAUUAAAAAAUCCUUGGAGAUCCUGUCCUGAUCAUGUCUUCUAUUAAGAUUGAGACCGUUGUUUUGGACACCAACAGGUGUGGAGAAUCUCCAGUGUGGGAGGAAAAAUCCAAUAGUCUCCUGUAUGUGGAUAUUCCAUCUAAGAAGAUUUGCCGAUGGAACUCACUCACCAAGCAAGUGCAAGAAGUUAUUGUAGAUAGUCCAGUCAGCUCUGUGGCCAUUCGACAAUCCGGUGGAUAUGUUGCAACAGUAGGGACUCGGUUCUGUGCUUUGAACUGGGAGGACCAAUCAUUAUCUGACCUCUUUUCUGUGGAUAAAGAUAAGAAAAACAAUCGGUUCAAUGAUGGAAAGGUGGAUCCAGCUGGGAGAUACUUUGCUGGUACCAUGGCUGAGGAGAUUGCCCCUGCAGUACUGGAGAGGUACCAAGGUUCCCUCUAUGCUCUGUUCCCCAAUGGCAUUGCAGAGAAGUACUUUGAUAAUGUGGACAUCUCCAAUGGCUUGGAUUGGUCCUUGGAUCAUAAAGUCUUCUAUUACAUUGAUAGUCUGUCUUACUCUGUGGAUGCCUUUGAUUAUGACUUACAUACAGGAAAAAUCGCUAACCGCAGAAGUGUGUAUAAGAUGGAAAAGGAAGAACACAUUCCAGAUGGAAUGUGCAUUGAUACUGAAGGAAAGCUCUGGGUGGCUUGUUACAAUGGAGGGAGAGUGAUCCGGUUAGAUCCAGAGACAGGAAAAAGACUUCAAACAGUAAAGCUACCUGUUGAAAAAACAACUUCCUGCUGUUUUGGAGGAAAAGAUUAUUCUGAAUUAUAUGUGACCUCUGCCAGGGAUGGCCUGGAUACUGAUGAACUUUCAAGACAACCUGAUACAGGAAAGAUUUUCAAGAUAACUGGUCUGGGUGUAAAAGGAAUUGCCCCAUUUCCUUUUGCUGGAUAAAUCUUGAACCCAUACAGGAGUAAUUUUCCUAGCUCUUUCUAUUUACUGGAAUCCUGUGGCAGAUUUGGAUUCAAGGAGAAAAUGCCAAAAAAUGAAUGCUUUGAUCUUUAUUUGGGAUAAUGUCUAAGGGUCACAUUGGAAUUGAUGAAUCUUUGGGGCUGGUUAUUUUGCCCUGCUAAAUAAAGAGGCCCAAGAGCACCUUGUGCUGUACAUGCUUCAUACCUUUUCAUGAGCAGUUAUAUGAUAUUUAAUCCCUUCUGUCAGCAUACUAUAAAAUCUUCAGUAAGGAAUGCUGUGAAUUUGCUAAGGAUUAUUCUUGAAGCGGGACCACGUCAGUUCUUCUAUUUUGUAAUAAUAAAAAGAUCUAGGACAUGAUCUGUGCCCAAUAAAUAUCAAUCUACUUGCAUGUC